UCAGUACGGCCAACCAAGCUGAUCAGCAACAACGUCUCACGCGCUCGACGUAUAUAUAAGUAGUAUAUUUCUUAAAUCAGAAUUAUGUUCACAGCCCUGUUGAUCUUCAUUGGCGGCUACACACUUGCCUGCUAUCUCUACGAGCAUUUGCGAACGCCUCUCCGCUUAUUGGUGAAUACCAUAUGUGAAGAAAGCAGGAGUGUGAAAUUUGAAUAUGGAGAAUGGGCAGCUAUUACGGGUAGCAGCGAUGGUAUUGGCAAGGCCUAUGCCAAGGAACUGGCAAGUUAUGGCGUUAAUAUAGUGCUUAUAGCCAGGAAUGAAGAAAAGCUGAAGGCUGUGGCGCAAGAAAUUUCUAACGAGUACAAGGUGGAGACCAAAAUUGUUGUAGCGGACUUUACAGAAGGCAUAGCGGUCUAUGACCGUAUCGAGAAGGAGUUGGACAAGGUGCCAGUCGCCAUAUUAGUCAACAACGUGGGCAUGUCUUCGGAAACACCCGGACCACUCUUCAAGUCCAGUCGCGAGCACGUCCAACACAUCAUUGACACCAAUGUGGGUGCCGUGUCCCAUCUUUGCCGCUACAUUCUGAAACGCUGGCGGGAGAACAAUAUCAAGGGUGCCAUCGUGAAUGUCAGCUCUGGCACGGAUCUGCAACCCGUGCCGUAUGCUGCACUCUAUGCCGCCUCCAAGGCCUACACUCGCAGCCUCACCCAAGCACUGCAAUGGGAGGCGCAUAAAGAUGGGAUCCUGGUACAGCUGCUAUCACCCAAUUUCGUAGUGACCAAAAUCAAUAGCUACUCGAAGCGAAUUAUGGGCGGUGGCCUAUUUAUACCAUCGGCUGAGGAUUAUGCCCGCAGUUCCGUCGAACAGCUGAGAGUUAGAAUCGAUGAGACGCCCGGCUUUUUCUGGCAUCAUGUACAGAAUGCGCUCAUAACUCUGCUGCCCACUCGUUUGCGCAUAUAUGUGGUGCAAACAUUCUUCCAGGUCAUUGUUGAUAAGAAGCAUGGAAAUACUUUUAGUCCGGAGACAUAAGUUAUAACACUCAUCUGGUAUCUGUACAGACUCAUUUCAAUUUCUUGCUCAUGUUUUUGCAACUGUGUGUUUUACUAUAUAUAGUUUAAUGAUCAAAAACUAAAAUAUAUAUGGUUGAUUAA